AUGACAGCCCAGGACGCUGCGCUCCGGGGGGUUUCCUGCCCCGUGGCGGGGGUCAAGUCAAUGUCUGAGCCCCAGCUGAGGGAAAGUCUCUACAUCUGCAGCCAAGAGGUGACGAAUUACCACACCGACACACCCACCGAGGACAUCCCCGCCCCCGCCGACAGCGAUGAGCUGUUCUGCAGGAUCUGCCACGAGGGCCCGGCCGCCGGCGAGCUGCUGUCGCCGUGCGAGUGCUCCGGGAGCCUGGCCAUGGUGCACCGGGCCUGCCUGGAGCACUGGCUCACCUUCUCCAACAGCGGCCACUGUGAGCUCUGCCACCACCAGUUCGCUCUGGAGCGCCUCCCCAAGCCGCUCACUGAGUGGUGGUGGGCUCCCUCCAUGCAGCAGCAGAGGAGGACUCUCUGUGGAGAUGCGGCCUGCUUCCUCUUCAUCACGCCGCUGGCCAGCCUGUCGGGGUGGCUGUGUGUCCAGGGGGCCAUGGAUCUCUACUACACCAACGGGAUGGAGGCCCUGGGGCUGCUGGUCCUCACUCUGGCCCUCAUCAUCAUUUACGUCUUCUGGACUGUGGUGUCUGUGCGUUACCACGUGCAUCUGUUCAGGACGUGGAAGAAGACAGACCAGAGAGUCCGGCUCCAGAUCCCCCCGUCAGCCCCGACGAGCCGGCACAACCCCCGCAGCCUGUCCUUAAACCCCUUCAAAGCCCCCAACAAGGAGACGGUGGUGUAG